UUGGUUCAACUCCAAGGCGAGUUUGGAAUCUAUGAGUCUGUGUUAAGGCCUAUGAAUGUCUGAAAGGUGCGGGAAAGAGACAGAGAUGUCGACGAGCAACGAGCUGAGUGAGAUGGAGAAGCCGCGUAUGAAACCGGCGGUGAGGAAGAUCUUCUGCUGCAGUGUGACGGCUGCGUCGGGUUUCAUCGCUGCGUACGCGCUGGUAGCGUACGCGAUAGCAUUAAUCUACGAGGUAGUAUGGGUGGUGGAGUCCCAAAGCGGCCUCCCAGUGGCCUCCGCGUUACUCAUGGCGUGCUACUGUAUCGUUAUAGCGGCCACUGUCACACUAGUCCACGGACUUAUCUCUAAAAACAACAAGUGUCUGCUUUCGUGGCUGAUCACCGUGAUACUCGUGCUCAUACCGGAGUGUGUUCUAGUCUUCUAUAUGUCCAUUAGUCACUGGGGUCUGCAAGGUGUGUACGGCGGUGCGGAGCUGGCGUGCUACGUGGCGCGACUACCCGCCAUCGUGUGCGGCGUCGUGUUAGUGCAGUCGGCUUACGCCAUUCGGGAAGCUAGGAACGCUGGGUACGCCAACGGAGCCGCAGUGGGCGGCAGCGAGUUCGACGCCAGCCACUACGUGCCCGAAGCGCCAGCCGCGUUCACCAACGAUGGGUUCUUGGCUGACAACGGAAAAUCUGGCUCCAUGCCCGACCUGCGGCGGCACCUCGCAUCGCGCCAGUCCUUCAACCAGGGCUACCACAUGCCGCCGCCACCGCCAGCCUACUGGCAACACCUCGCCGAGCGGCAGUACGCCGCCAGCCUCCGCGGCUGCCCGAAGCCAACCGGCUACCCGCAGAUGUACGGGACCUGGGUCGGCCCGCGCUCCGGCCCUUACGACAACCCUUACAAGCGCAGACACUCCAUCGUCGGCGCUUUCGCUGACGAAUACCCGGCUAAAGACUACGAGUACGAAGACAGGGCUGACUGCAAAAGCGAGAUGGCGUAUCCGUACUACAGGCAACAAUACUACGAUCCUAGAAUGCAUUAUCCCCCUGACUAUGAUCCUAGAUUUUACCCAAGAGACGACGCCUACGGCGUUAAUUUGCUAAGACAUGAUCCGUAUCAUUUUAGCAACGCAAGAGACAGAGCGUUCUACGGGCAAGGACUGAGGAACAGUCAUAAUUCCGUUGGGAACGAGUCGGACGAUUUGGGGAAAUAUAAGGAUGUGGCUCUGUGAUGGUUUAAAUAAUAA